UUUAAGCAGAGUUGCUGCCGCUGCAUGCAUCGCCUGUUUAGAAUGAAAUGGGGAUCAGCUCCGGUGUGAUCAGGAGACAGGAGGGAGAAGAAGGAGGCUGCAAACUUCACAGCAACUCCCCAUCCCAAGAAGAAGAGUAAAAGACCCGGAGGACUCAGGAUCCCUAACCAUCCAUCCAUCCAUCCAACUCCUGUCUUCAAGGAUCUUCCAAAACUUCUAUACGCAUCAGAGCAGCGCAACUACGAUGAGAGAUGGAGAGCCAUGCCUGGAAUAAAGUAGCCUAGGUGGUCCAGUGCUAGGAGUCAUCCAAAGGAGUAGUCGUCUUGUCUGGGCUGAGGAUUAUCUCGGGGUCCAGGUCACACCAGCCUUGGAGUUUUCUUCUAAGGAGUCCUAGCUGGUGACAAGGUCCGCACUCUACCCACCAGGAGGGUCAGGAUCUGGACAGAAGGUCCGCACUCUACCCACCCAGGAGGGUCAGGAUCUGGACAGAAGGUCCGCACUCUACCCACCCAGGAGGGUCAGGAUCUGGACAGAAGGUCCGCACUCUACCCACCCAGGAGGGUCAGGAUCUGGACAGAAGGUCCGCACUCUACCCACCCAGGAGGGUCAGGAUCUGGACCUUCUGCAGACCACAAGUCAUCUUCUGCUCCUCAACACCUUCUCGGCUCUGGGAUUUAAACCUGCUCGCGGGAAAAGUCGCUUAUAUUAAGCUUGGCUGGAUUUACUUUGGGGUUCUGCAAGAAGUUGUGUUGGAUUUCCUGGGGAUUGUAUUCCAUUAUCUCGGGGUUGUCGGUGGCAUGAGAGCAAAAUGAUUGGGGAGUUUGUUCACUUUUGUCUGCUCUGUGGAAUUGUAUGCAUCACAUCAGGUUCACGUCUCCGGCAAGAAGAUUUCCCUCCUCGCAUAGUGGAACAUCCCUCGGAUCUCAUAGUUUCCAAAGGUGAACCUGCCACAUUAAACUGUAAAGCGGAGGGAAGACCAGCUCCUUCCAUCGAGUGGUAUAAAGGGGGGGAAAAAGUAGAAACGGAUAAAGAUGACCCUCGUUCCCAUCGAAUGCUGCUGCCGACUGGAUCUCUAUUUUUUUUACGAAUCGUCCAUGGGCGCAAGAGCAGACCGGAUGAAGGCGUCUACGUCUGUGUGGCUCGGAAUUAUCUCGGGGAGACAGUGAGUCGCAAUGCAUCGCUUGAAGUUGCCAUUUUGAGAGAUGACUUCAGACAAAACCCUUCAGAUGUGAUGGUAGCAGUGGGAGAACCAGCCGUCAUGGAAUGUCAGCCUCCUCGAGGUCAUCCCGAGCCAACAAUAUCAUGGAGAAAAGACGGGACGCCAAUUAGCGACAAAGAUGAAAGAAUAACAAUACGAGGAGGCAAACUUAUGAUCACUUACACAAGAAAAUCUGACGCAGGAAAAUAUGUUUGUGUUGGUACCAAUAUGGUGGGAGAAAGAGAUAGUGAAGUAGCAGAACUUACAGUUCUAGAAAGACCAUCUUUUGAUAAAAGACCAAGUAACAUGGCGGUCACUGUGGAUGAUAGCGUUGAGUUUGAGUGUGAAGCGCGGGGCGAUCCUGUUCCUACUGUUCGGUGGAGAAAAGAUGAUGGGGAUCUACCAAAAGCAAGGUAUGAAAUUCGGGAUGAUCAUACCCUCAGAAUACGCAAGGUGACAGCAUCGGAUAUGGGAUCCUACACUUGUAUAGCUGAAAACAUGGUCGGCAAGACAGAAGCUUCAGCUGUAUUAACAGUUCAAGUUCUGUUUGAACCUCCAAAUUUCGUGGUAAAGCCGCGUGAUCAUGUUGUGGCUUUGGGACGUACGGUCACAUUCCAGUGCGAGGCAACAGGAAAUCCACAGCCGGCCAUCUUUUGGCAGAAGGAGGGUAGCCAGAAUCUGCUCUUCUCCUAUCAGCCUCCCCAGUCAUCUAGCCGUUUCUCUGUCUCUCAAACUGGCGACCUCACAAUUGUAAAUGUCCAGAAGUCCGAUGUUGGCUACUACAUCUGCCAAACUCUUAAUGUGGCUGGCAGCAUCACAACAAAAGCCUAUUUGGAGGUUACUGAUGUGGUGGCUGACCGUCCUCCUCCAGUUAUCCGCCAGGGUCCUCAGAACCAGACAGUAGCUGUGGAUGGCACUUUAAUCUUGGAUUGUAUAGCUACCGGAGUUCCAGUUCCCACAAUUCACUGGAGGAAAGAUGGCAUCCUGAUAACAGCUCAGGACUCACGUAUUAAACUGAUGGACAGUGGAGCAUUACAGAUCCGAUAUGUUAAGCUAAGUGACACAGGCCGCUACACCUGCACUGCAUCCACUCCAAGCGGGGAAGCCAGUUGGAGUGCAUACAUCGAGAUUCAAGAAUUCGGUGUUCCGGUACAACCUCCGCGAGCUACUGACCCCAACCUCAUCCCAAGUGCCCCUUCCAAACCGGAAGUCACCGAUGUCAGCAGGAACACAGUAACUCUUUCUUGGCAACCAAACUUGAUUUCUGGUGCAACACCAACAUCAUAUAUCAUAGAAGCUUUCAGUCAUGCAUCUGGAAGCAGCUGGCAGACAGUGGCAGAAAAUGUCAGGACUGAAAAGUUUGCUGUUAAGGGGCUAAAGCCCGCUGCAAUCUACCUCUUCCUUGUGAGGGCAGCGAAUGCCUAUGGACUGAGUGAUCCAAGUCCAAUAUCGGAUCCUGUAAAAACACAAGAUGUCCCUCCUACAGCUCAGGGUGUGGAUCAUAAACAAGUACAGCGAGAACUAGGAGAUGUGGUGUUACACCUGCACAAUCCCACCAUCCUCUCUUCUUCUUCCAUUGAAGUACAUUGGACAGUGGACCAGCAAUCACAGUACAUUCAAGGUUACAAGAUCCUCUACAGGCCGAGUCCAGAGAACCGCGGGGAAUCAGCCUGGUCAAUAUUUGAAGUUCGCACCCCGGGAAAAAAUAGCGCGGUCAUUCCCGAACUUAGGAAAGGCGUGAACUACGAGAUUAAAGCCAGGCCGUUCUUUAACGAGUUUCAAGGAGCUGACAGCGAAGUGCGAUUUGCCAAAACCCUGGAAGAAGCUCCCAGCGCUCCUCCGCAGAGUGUCACUAUUAAAAAGAGUGAAGGGAACGGAACAUCAAUUGUAGUCAGCUGGUCGCCUCCUCCUGAAGAUAACCAGAAUGGAUUGGUCCAAGAAUACAAGGUUUGGUGUCUGGGCAAUGAGAGUCGAUAUCAUAUCAACAAAACAGUUGAAGGCUCCACCUUAUCUGUUGUCAUCCCGUACUUAGUUCCCGGCAUCAAGUAUAGCUUGGAGGUUGCAGCCAGCACAGGAGCGGGGCCAGGGGUGAAAAGUGAGCCACAGUUCAUCCAGCUGGACUCCUUUGGUAAUCCAGUGUCUCCAGACCAAGUGAGCCUUGCCCAGCAGAUAUCAGAUGUGGUAAAGCAGCCUGCAUUUAUUGCAGGAAUCGGUGCUGCCUGUUGGAUUAUACUAAUGGUGUUCAGCAUCUGGCUGUAUCGUCAUCGCAAGAAACGCAGCGGAUUGAACAGCACCUAUGCUGGAAUCAGAAAAGUCCCGUCUUUUACCUUCACACCAACAGUGGCGUAUCAGCGAGGCGGGGAAGCUGUAAGCAGUGCGGGAAGACCGGGGCUCCUAAAUAUUGCAGAACCUGCAAACCAGCCAUGGCUUGCUGAUACUUGGCCAAACACGGGGAACAGCCACAAUGACUGCCCCAUUAACUGCUGUACGUCUGGGAAUGGGAGCAGCGAUAAUAAUCUGGCCACUUACAGCCGACCAGCCGAUUGCAUAGCAAACUACAACAACCAACUGGAUAACAAGCAGACCAACUUGAUGGUGCCUGAUUCUGCUGUCUAUGGUGAUGUGGACUUAAGCAACAAAAUAAAUGAGAUGAAAACAUUUAACAGUCCAAAUCUGAAGGAUGGACGUUUUGUCCCCCAAGCAGGGCAGCCCACUCCCUAUGCCACCACUCAGCUUAUUCAGUCAAACAUAAGCAACAACAUCAACUCAUCAAGUGGAGACAUGGAUGAAAAACACUGGAAACCAUCAGCUCAACACAAGCCUGAUGUUGCCCCAAUGCAGUACAGCAUCAUGGAGCAAAAUAAAAUUAAUAAAGAUUAUCGGGUCACAGAUACUAUACCAUCUACUAUUCCCUACAACCAAGGUCAUGAUCAGAAUACUGGAGGAUCGUACAACAGUUCAGAUCGAGGAAGCAGCAAUUCAGGGAGCCAAGGUCAUAAAAAAGGAACUCGUGCACCCAAAGUAUCCAAACAAGCUGGAAUGAACUGGGCUGAUUUGCUGCCACCACCACCAGCACAUCCACCGCCACACGGGGGUAUGGAGGAGUAUCCUCUGAGUGCUGAUGAAAGCUAUGAGAGAGAACUACCAUGUCCCAUGCCGCCAACAAGAAUGUAUCUCCAGCAAGACGAGUUAGAAGAAGAAGACGAGAGAGGUCCGACACCACCAAUAAGAGGGGCUGCUUCUUCUCCUGCUGCUGUGUCCUACAGCCACCAGUCUACUGCCACACUCACUCCAUCCCCUCAGGAGGAGCUUCAGCCAAUGCUUCAAAACUGCCAAGAGGAUUUAAGUCUUGCUCAGCAUCACCUUGAGAGAAGACGGCAUCAAAUAAGCCCUCCUCCACCACCAAGGCCCAUAUCUCCGCCUCAUACUUAUGGGUACAUUUCUGGGCCGAUAGUGUCAGACAUGGAUACAGAUGUUCCAGAAGAUGAAGGAGAUGACAUGGAGAUGGAAAACAAGAUCCAGAGCCGCAGAAUUCUAUUACGUGGCUUGGAGCAGACUCCCGCCUCCAGCAUUGGAGACUUAGAAAGCUCUGUAACUGGUUCUAUGAUCAAUGGAUGGGGCUCUGCUUCUGAGGAAGACAAUGUCUCCAGCGGACGUUCAAGUGUCAGUUCAUCUGACGGUUCAUUUUUUACAGAUGCUGAUUUUGCACAGGCUGUGGCAGCUGCUGCAGAAUAUGCUGGACUAAAAGUAGCAAGACACCAAAUGCAUGAAGCAGUGGGAGGUCGUAGACAUUUCCAUCCAGCUCAUUGUCAGAGGCCCACAAGUCCUGUGUCUACAGAUAGUAACAUGAGCACUGCUGUUAUACAGAAAAGUCGCCCGGCCAAAAAACAGAAACACCAACAAGGACAUCUCCGAAAAGAAGUCUACACAGAUGUGCUGCAGUGUCCCAGAGCUUACUCACCGGACACAGACAUCUUCAGUCUUCUUCCAGAUUUACCACCUCCACCAUUGCCACCUCCUGCCAUUAAAUCUCCAACUGGACCAUCCAGAGCCCUGCUCGAUGUGCGUUCUGGGAUGCCACAAAAGUAUAUGCCUACAGAGCAAAGACUAGACAGGCCGGCAGAGAGAAAAGGCCCCAACUACAGAGGAAGGGAUGGAGCGGAUAACAGGCAACAAGCUGAGGUCCGGACAAAUUCAGGAGAAAGGAGGGAAUCUCUAGAGCAACAAAUUGAUGGGAAAAUGAAAAGAGGGAAACUAGGAAAGAAAGAUGGCACGCCAACAAAAACCUCUCAAUUACAAGAGGAUAUCUUCCCAUAUUGUAAACCAACAUUCCCCACAUCAAAUAAUCCUAGAGAUCCUAGCUCCUCCAGCUCUAUGUCUUCGAGAGGUUCGGGUGGAAGACGAAGAACAGAUCAACCACCAGGAAGAAGAAAUGCAGCGGAGAUGCAGCUUUUAGGGUCAUAUGAUCGUACAGUUGAUGAAGAUGAAAUUGAGGAAACAGAAAGUUGAAAGCUAAAGAUGGAGAUGUUGGAGAUUCUAUCAGAUAUUAAAUUCCUUAAGAUGCCUCAAGAUGAAAGACCUUAUGCCAGAGAUACUGUUCAGUGCAAUCAGAUUGUACACGCUCCUUCAUUUUAUACACAUAACAGCUGAGAACCUUUUUCGCUUUACUUGUUUACACCCUCUUUGUAUACGGCCACCCUGACGUUUCUCCCAGCACCCCAAAAGCAGCACUUAAUCCAGGCACCUUUUUACUGCUCCGGCCAAAAAAAGGCAGGUUGCCAAGUCUCAAGGUGUUGGUGCCAAGACUGCUGCUUUAAAGAAACAGACAGCCAAAGGUGCCAAGACUGGAAUUGUAAGCUUUCUGCCCACCAAGCUCUCCUAGAACAACUCUUGCCUAUCAAGCUCCAUUGGGAAGUAGCGCAGAGCGUUGCCCCCAAAUCACCAAAGCACCAAUGUCUAUCCAUAGCCUAGAGCGACCACUCAAACAAUGGGAAUCCAUCUUCAAAUGUGUAAUGUUUUCACAACUGACCAUAACGUUUCAUUAAGUGAAAAUGCAUAUAACCCAGGAUGUUUUCGUUGUAGACCUGAAAUUACUGUCCAGCAGUAUUGACCUUCAUUGCCCUACUUUAUAAAGCAGUAUGGAGGUGAUUUCAUUGUAAAUAUGUACUUUUUCAUACAUUUCUGUGGUACUUGCCAUCUUCAUUGUCCAUCAUUAAAAGUAUCUUUGGUAUUACAUCCUAUUGAUCAUGCAGAAGUCAAGCCAGUCAAAUGUCUGGUGGUCUUGGGAUUCAUAGAAAUAAAAUCGUACAGAAAAUCAUUUAUUUUUCCAUUCAACAACAUUUGUAGGAAAAAAAAGAAGAAAAAACAAAAAGUAUAACAUUUGUAAUAAAACACCAAGUUAAAAAAACUGUUACCCUCUCUGGUUAUUUAUCGGAUGGCGCCUCUUCGCAGAGUCAGUCCCGCUGAGAAAAGAAAAGUGCCACGUCAGGAAAUUUGAUUUGAUAUGGUUAUUUUGUAAUGCACUGUUUUGUUGGUUUUAAAAGCACAAUCACUAAACUUUAUUUUUAAACCAUUGCAACUAUUAACCUUUUUUUUUGUCUUAUUGAAAAUGUUGGAAAAUCAUUAUUGUUAUUAUUAUUUUUGUUAAUGCAUUUCAAUAAUGCUGAAUUUAUUGUCAUACUGUUUGAAAAGAUAGCCAAUGGUGAAACAUUUGGUUCUGUCUAUGUCUUCAUGAAUAGUUAAGUCUGUGUUUUAUAUCAUUACUGACUAAAAAUGUAUCUCUAGAAAGAAUCAUUUCUAAUCUUUCUCCAAAGGAAUUGUGCCUCUCUGGGGUCAGUCAGUAGUGACAAAAAUGCUUAUAGUGCAUCUUUUAAUAUUUAUUUAUGCCAUAGUAAGGAACUUGACAAUAAAAAAAAAAACUUUAUCCAUUACGGUAAUAAAAAGCAUCUAAAAAAGCUACAUAUGUGCAGUUUUGGUUCGAAAAGACAUUAAAAUUUUAGUAUGAUAAAUAAGACCGUUCUUUCCUUUUUUUUAUUGUAUUUAAAAAGAAACACUAAUAAUUUGAACAAUUAUAUAACGCCCGGAUUGUACGUUUUGUUUUUAUUCCACAACUACUUAACUACAUAUACAAACUUUAAAUUCAGUGUCUAUCCAUGUAACUUUUGUUCCUAAAUUAAUUUUUUUAUAAUGCAUCUUUUAUCAAGCUGCAAGGAGAACUCUGUUUAUCAUAUUUUUGUAUUAAAAUGUAGCUAAAAAUGGCCAUAUUAAAAAUAGCCAUCCGUGUCCUAGUUCCUCCUACUGUAGUAUAAAUAAACAAAUUAUCAAUCCAAUUUUUCAUGGUAUAAAAUACAGUAUAAACUGGAUAAACUAAUAUGGAAAACAAACCAAUUUCUCAACAAUUUUUUAUAAUUCUGUCAACCUCAAAAUAGCACAUGUGUGCUUUAAAUUAACCACAUGAUGUUUUCUGUUCAUGAAUGUUGUACCUGGUUUAUAUUGUGAACCUUAAGUUGCCAAUGGUGCUAAAGCAUAUACUUUUAUUUUGUUUUGUUUUUGUUUUGUUUUUUUGUUUUUUUUUAUUAACAUGGCUGCCUUAAGGUCUCAAAGAACCAGAAGUGAAAUACAUUCUUUUGUUAAAAAAAAAUGUUUAUUUUAAACAAGAAUAACACUUUGAAAGAUCGAGAAUUGUAAGGGAACAAACCAUGUGAUUAUUGUUUUUAUUAUUGUUCAUUUAAGAAAACAUCUUAUUUUUAGCCAUAAUUUUGCAUACUGAGGAUCAGAUAAUCCAAAACAUAAUUUUUUUGUCACAUUAUUUAUUAAAACUGUUCUCAAGAA